AUGGAGAGCAGAGGAGAAGAAGCUAGGAAGAGACGGGCGAAGCAAGCGGCAUGGCGGGUACAGCGAGGGAUCAGCCUGCACCAGGAGAGUCCGAUUCAGGUUUCCAUCGACCUCUCUGCUCCUUCCAGAAGCAGCCCGAGUCGAGGAGAAACAGCAGAAGCAGCGAGUCGAGGAGAAACAGCAGAAGCAGCGAGCCUUCGGGCGGAGAUCGAGCACGUCAAGUAUGAGCUGCAGCAGCAGAGGAGGGAGCAGGAGCAGGAGAUAAAGGAAGCGCAGCGAAGGCUGCAGGAGGAGAGGAGAAAGUUUCAGCGACAGGCAGAGGAGCAUGAAAAGGCGAUGAGGGAGAAGGAGGAGGAGAUCCUCAAGCUGCGGCAGAAGCUUGGAAGCCUCGAGGGCAACGUGGAGGAGGCGGAGAGAGACAAGCACGCGGCGCUGAGCUCGAAGCAGACGAGCAAGGAGCGGCUGCAGGAGAUCAGUAAGGCAUACAAGGAGCUCGCGCAGAGCACGAUGGAGCUGAGGAGGGAGAAGACGAGGAUGGGGAAGGAGCUGGAGCAGGUUUCGCAGCAGGAGCAGGCGCAGCGACAGCAGAACGUGAGGCUGUGCAAGGAGUUUCCCGAGAAGCUGGAGGAGGUGAGGAGGAGGAUGAAGCAGGGGCUGAAGACGCUCUCCUCCAUGGUGGAGAAGGCGAAGAGAGAGAGGGACGAGCAGAUCCGGACGAGAGUGAAGGCCCUGCGAGGGGAGGGGCAGCGGCUGCGCGUGCUGGUGCGGGAGCUCAUGAGAGCAAGUCCGAACCUGGAGGAGCUGGAGGACGGGAGGAUGGAGGAGAUGAGGAGGAUGGCGGUAGAGAACAAGCAGCUGGUUGCCCUGCUGGGGGGAGACGCCCGUGCUCCUCGUCAUGGGGACGUGAACCUAUGGACUCUGUACCAGCAGGCGAGGGAGGAGGCGGACGGGGUGAGGAAGGAGCAGCGGUUGGUGAAGGAGGGGCUGCAUGAAGAGCUGCAGUGGGUGAAGGGGAAACUGGCGGGGGCAGAGAGGGACCAGGAGGAGCAGAGCAAGGAGAUGAAGAGGAUGGCGCAAAGACUUCAGUUCCGAGAUGAAAAGCUUCUCCUCCUCACCAAGGAGCUGGAGGCGGCGAGGGAGGAGUUAGAGACGCUGAGGAAGGACAAGCUUGCGGGCUCUGGAGGAAGCCGGAGGGAGGAGGCGGCAGGGGAGGAGGAGGAGGAGGAGGCUCGGGGAGUGGGCGUGGAGGGAGAGGACAAGGACGGUAUCAUCCAUCAGCUGCAGGAGGACAAACGUCUGCAAGCUCAGGUGCUGCAGCACCUGCGGAAGAAGUGCAAGGAGCUCGAGCGAGUCCUGCAAGAUUCUCGCAGGCUUUCGAAGCCCUCCUCCUCCUCCUCCUCCUCCGUGUUGCGCGAGCAGGAGGAGGUGCAGCGAGCUGGGCAGGUGGUGGUGAAGGAGGAGGAGGAAGAAGUUUUCUCGCGCAUCAGUGAGGGGCUGGAGAACUUUCUGCUGGCUGCUGAGGACGCGUUCGAGGCACAAGCAAAGAGCUCCCUCCGUAGGCGCAGGAGCAGGGAGGUCAGCCGCUCACGACCCGGCACCAGCUCCCCUCCUCCGAAGCUCGAGCGGGAGGAGCGAGGAGGGGGCGAGCAGAAGGAGCGAGGAGAGGAUGGGAGCGCAGGGAGCAGAGCUGAUGCAGGAGGCGACAACUCGGUACGUGCGCGAGCAUGUCAGAGCCCUCGAUAG